UUUUAGUAAAAGUGGAGACUUAGGGAGUAUUGUAGUUAAAAAAUGGGAUUAAUUUCAAUGUAAUAUGUGAAUUGGUUAAAGUUCGUUAGUUUUUAGGUGCGGAGCCGUCGAUCACUACUAUUUUUUAAAUCAAGUUUGAUGGAAAAAUAUAACCAAUCGCAACUGCCUUCAAAACCCCAACCUAGUGAAAAUGCAUCUUUCCUAUCGCAACUAUUUUUUUGUUGGGCACCAAAAUUCUUUUAUGAUGGCUACACCAAACACCCCAAAGAAGAAUAUUAUGCCAGUGUUAAAAGCCACAGUUCGUGUUAUUUAGGUGAAAAAUUAGAAAAGUCAUGGAAAAAAACGAGUCCGUCUCUGUGGAAAGCAUUAUGGAAAACGUUUUAUCUAGAAUUUGUUGCUCUAUGUCUCCUAUUUAUUGUUUCAGAGUUUACGUUCAAAAUAAGUCAACCAUGGCUAGUCGGAAAACUCAUGGAUGAAAUCCUGAAUUCCACAAGCACGAAAAACUCGUACUAUUUUUACGGUUCUUCAGUCGUUUUGGUGAAUUUUUUAAGUGUGAUUGUGGGUCAUUUCUACCACCUCAAAGUCCAACAUUUAGGGAUGAAAAUACGGAUCAGUUGUUGUUCUCUCAUCUAUCACAAAGCUUUAAAGAUUAGUAAACAAGUCGAAUCGGAGUCGAAAAUGGGAAAAAUCGUUAAUUUAUUAUCAAACGACGUAAACCGUUUUGAUUUGGCACCUAUGCACCUAAUAAAUCUUAUUGUAGCCCCAUUUGAAACUCUCUUUGUGAUAUUUAGUUUGUACGCAACAAUUGGCACAACAUCAAUCACCGGAAUCAUUUUUCUAACAGUAUUUAUGCCACUGCAAAUGUUUAUGGGGAAAUUAACAACGACUUAUAGACUGAAAAGUGCCUCAAACACCGAUCAAAGAAUCAAACUGAUGAACGAAAUUAUCACAGGGAUGAAAGUAAUAAAAAUGUUUGCGUGGGAGAAAUUGUUUGUGGAUAUUAUCGAGAAAGCUAGAAGGCUUGAAAUUCGCCAAAUACGUAAAAUAUCAAACAUUCGGGCUUUGAACAUCUCUUUCAUGAUUUUCAUAAACCGGACCGGAAUUUUUCUCUCCGUCAUGACAUAUUUCCUUGUACGGAAACAAAUCGAUGCCAAAUAUGUCUUCGUUUUAUCUUCGUUUUACGCAAUUUUGCGACAAACACUGACCGUUUAUCUGCCCUUCGCCAUACAAAAUUUCAGCGAAACUAGAGUCUCGAUCGAGAGAAUUCGACUUUUCCUCACUAGUGAUGAACAAGUUUCAGUGACGUACAUCGCAGGUAGUGAUAAACCCCAACUUGUGAAAUGUGAAGUCAUUCAGGAAUUUGAGACUAAAGAGGCGCAAAAACCUGGAAUUUGUCUGAAAAACGCUUCAGUGAAAUGGCUCCUCUCUGAAAAUAACACCUUGAAUAAUGUAAAUUUUGAGGCUUGUGGGGAAUUUGUGAUCAUCAGUGGGCCAGUUGGUGGCGGGAAAUCCACUUUUCUCUAUGCAAUUUUGCAAGAACUGCCACUUGACCACGGCGAAAUCGACGUGAGAGGAGCCCUGUCGUAUAUGUCGCAAGAACCGUGGCUUUUUUCGGGGACUGUCCAAGAAAACAUCCUCUUUGGGUCAAAUUUCGACGAAAAAAAAUACAACCAAAUCGUGCGAAUUUGUCAAUUGGAGGAGGAUUUUCCCGACAAGAUUUUGGUUGGCGAAAAUGGAGCUUUGCUAAGUGGGGGCCAAAAAACCCGAGUGAAUUUAGCUCGGGCCCUUUACAAAGACGCCGAUAUUUAUCUCCUAGAUGAUCCAUUUGCGUCCGUUGACACUCUCAUCGGAAAAAAAAUUUUUCAAGGCCUUUUAACGUACUUGAGGAACAAAUGUGUGAUUCUAGUGACAAACCAUGCUGGUUUUUUUCCCGCAGCUGAUAAAGUCUACACCUUAGAUAAGGGUUAUCUCACACGUGUUGCCAACAUCGAGAGAAAGAAGCACAGUUUUGAGGAACAACCCAAUAAGGAGCACAAAAUUGUCGAGUUGAAACAAGAGCUAAAGAAACAAGGAACUGUUACUCGUCAAGUGUUCAAAAAAUAUGCUAAAUCUGCUGGGAGUUGUUCAAGUCAUUGUCUCCUCUUUUUGUUGUUUCUUGCAGCGCAAAUUGCGGCCAGUGGGGCUGAUUAUUUUGUGGCUUUUUGGGUUAAUUUGAAGCAGUCCACCAGCCCUUACAGUGACGAUAUUUGCUUACAAAUCUACCUCAGUUUUAUACUAGCAACCGUAAUUUUCUCAAUCACCAGAUCUUUGGCUUUUUUCAGACUUUGCAUCAAAGCGUCGAUUAAAUUGCACAAUUGCAUGUUUGCCAACGUAGUUAAAGCCCCAAUGACUUUCUUCGAGACGAAUUCGUCGGGGGAAAUACUGAAUCGUUUCUCGAAAGACAUCGGGAUGGUUGAUGAGACGAUUCCUGCAAUUCUCAUGGACACGUUUCAAAUCGCUUUCAUCAUCUUGGGAAGUGUCAUUCUUAUAAUUUUCCUGAAUCCGUGGAUGUUGAUCCCCACAAUAGCGAUUUUUCCCUUGUUUUACUUCUUUAAAGUUUGGUUUCUGACCCGGAGUCGCAAUUUGAAACGAUUGGAAGCUUCAGCUCGCACUCCAAUUUACACCCACGUUCGUGAAACCCUCAAAGGUUUGACUGUGAUUCGCACAUUUAGUGCCCAAAUCACAACGAAGAAUCAAUUUAAUUGCUACCAAGAUUUACACAGUUCUGCGUUUUACACUUUUAUGACUUGUAAUCGCGCAUUUGGGUUUUGGUUGGACUUGAUUUGUGUGUUUUACACAAUUGGGGUGAUAGUCAGCAUCAUGUUGAUGGAGACACAAGCCGGAAAUGUUGGGUUAAGUAUCACACAGUCGAUAAAUCUAGUUGGGGUCCUGCAAUGGGGUAUCAAACAGUGGAGCGAACUAGAAAACCAGAUGAUCAACGUUGAGCGUGUUUCUGAAUACACUGAAAUCGUCCCUGAGACAGACUUGGGGAAAAAACCAACAGUGUGGCCAACUGAUGGCCAAAUCCAGUUCCAAUCUGUCUCGAUGCGUUACCCCCAAAACGGCCGCUUGACUCUCAACAACGUCAAUUUCACUGUUGAACCUGAGGAGAAAAUCGGGAUAAUCGGGAGAACCGGUGCUGGAAAAUCGUCCCUUGUUUCCACCCUCUUCCGUUUGUACCCCUUUGACGGGAAAAUUCUCGUCGAUGGAGUCAACACCAACGAAAUACCACUCCACACUCUUCGUUCAAAAAUUUCGAUCAUUCCUCAAGAACCGAUCCUUUUCACGGGAACGCUGAGAGUGAACCUUGACCCCUUUGGUGAAUUCGAUGAUGCGGUUUUGUGGAAGGUUUUGGAACAAGUGAAACUGAAAAAUGUUGUUUCAAACUUGUCUGUUCAAGUCCAAGAAGGAGGAUCGAAUUUCAGUGUUGGCCAAAAGCAGCUGAUUUGUUUAGGAAGGGCGAUUUUGAGAAGGAACAGGAUUCUUGUUUUGGAUGAAGCCACUGCAAAUGUCGAUUUUGAAACGGAUCAGUUCAUACAAGAAACGGUGCGAAAUCUGUUCAAAAAUUGUACGGUUUUAACAGUGGCUCAUAGGAUUAAUACGGUCAUGGAUUCGGAUAAAAUUAUGGUCGUGGAUGAUGGUAAAUUGGUGGAGUUUGAUACGCCCAGGAAUUUGUUACGGAAUUCUGAUAGCUUGUUCAGGCAAGUGGUGAAUGAAUGUGAGAAAAGUUUAGGUAAAUCGAAACUCUAAACAAUCCUCAAGUGUAAAUUUCCACACCGAUUCACGGAAAUAAAGACCUUUUAUAUUUUUUAAGUCAA